CAGCGGAGACCGCGGACGAGAGGGUAGCAUGGCUGCUGCAGCGACGACCACCGGGCUCGAGGCGCCAGAGCCCAUGCCGAGUUAUGCAGAGAUGUUGCAACGAAGCUGGGCCUCGGCGCUGGCCGCAGCACGGGGCUGCGGGGACUGCGGCUGGGGACUGGCGCGCCGCGGCCUGGCGGAGCACGCUCAUCUGGCUGCACCCGAGCUGCUGCUGGCCGUGCUCUGCGCUCUGGGGUGGACAGCGUUGCGCUCAGCAGCCACCACGCGCAUCUUUCGGCCCCUGGCCAAGCGGUGUCGCCUGCAGCCUAGAGACGCGGCUAGGCUGCCUGAGAGUGCCUGGAAGCUUCUGUUCUACUUGGCCUGUUGGAGCUACUGUGCCUACCUGCUCUUGGGCACCAGUUACCCUUUCUUCCAUGACCCGCCCUCUGUCUUCUACGGCUGGAGGUCGGGCAUGGCGGUGCCCUGGGACAUAGCGGUCGCCUACCUGCUGCAGGGGAGUUUCUACUGUCAUUCCGUCUAUGCCACCGUGUACAUGGACAGCUGGCGCAAGGACUCGGUGGUCAUGCUGGUACACCAUGUGGUCACCUUACUGCUCAUCGCCUCUUCCUAUGCGUUCCGAUACCACAACGUGGGCCUCCUCGUGUUCUUCCUGCAUGACGUCAGCGAUGUGCAGCUGGAGUUCACCAAGCUCAACAUCUACUUCAAGGCCAGGGGUGGCGCCUACCAUCGAUUGCACGGGCUGGUGGCCAACCUGGGCUGCCUCAGCUUCUGCUUCUGCUGGUUCUGGUUCCGCCUCUACUGGUUCCCACUCAAGGUUCUCUAUGCCACCUGGCACUGCAGCCUGCAGUCUGUGCCUGACAUUCCGUACUAUUUCUUCUUCAACACUCUGCUGCUGCUCCUCCUGGUCAUGAACAUCUACUGGUUCCUGUACAUUGUGGCUUUUGCAGCCAAGGUGCUGACCGGUCAGAUGCGUGAACUGGAAGACUUGCGGGAAUACGACAGUCUGGAAGCGCAGACAGCCAAGCCCUGCAGAGCUGAGAAGCCUCUAAGGAAUGGCCUGGUGAAGGACAAACUCUUCUGAGUCUCUUGUCCUCAACUCCCGCCAUCCAGGACUCUGUCCCGUCCUACCUGGGAUACUGGCCCCGCCCCUGGAGACUGGACCCAGUCCCCGGAGGUCUGCUCCCACCCCUGGAGGCCUGGCCUCGCCUUUGGCGGCAUGGCCACGCCUGCAGGACGAUGGCCCCGCCCUAAGAUGCAGGAUGCCACCCUUCUCCAGGGACUCUGGCUGCCAGCAGCUCCGCCUUUCAGGUCAAUUCUCGACCACCCACCUUGGGACCCAGCCCAGUCCUGCCCUCUGGGUAAGUGGGGUCUGGACACGCCCCCUCCAGGACCUCAAAGCACCCUCGACCUACGGUCACCAGCCCACUGGUCCUGGACGCAGUGGACUCUGCUGACUCUCUUGGACACCGCCUGGGAGGAAAAUGCUCCCUGUCUGCCACCGUUUUUGCGACCACCUCCUCCUUCUGCUCUUGCUGCCCUCAACGACCCUGGCCCACGCGCCAGCAUCCUUGGGCCCCGCUGCCGCCCUGCUCCAGGUUCUCGGGCUUCCCGAAACGCCCCGGAGCGUCCCCACACUCCGACCUGUGCCUCCUGUCAUGUGGCGCCUAUUCCGCAGCCGCAACCCCCAGGAGGCCAGAGUGGGGCGCCCUCUGAAACCAUGCCACGUGGAGGAACUGGGGGUUGCCGGAAACAUUGUGCGCCACAUCCCCGACAGCGGUCUGUCCUCCAGGAUCAUACAGCCCGCCAGAACCUCAGGGCUGUGCCCCGAGUGGACCGUCGUCUUUGACCUGUCGAGCGUGGAGCCCAUAGAGCGCCCAACACGCGCGCGCCUAGAGUUGCGGCUGGAGGCUGAGAGCGAAGAUACACGAGGGUGGGAGCUAAGCGUGGCGCUGUUGGCCGAGGCUGAGCAUCCUGGGCCUGAGCUACUGCGCGUGCAGGCGCCACCCGGGCUGCCACUGCGCGCAGACCUACUGGGGACUGCAGUAGCGGCUAACGCAUCGGUGCCGCGCACUCUGCGCUUGGCGCUGGCGCUGCACCCUGGGGCCGCUGCAACCUGUGGGCGCCUGGCUGAGGCCUCGUUGCUGCUGGUGACGCUGGACCCACGCCUGUGUCCCUUGCCGCGGUCACGGCGCCACACGGAGCCCAGGGUGGGAGGUGGUCCAGUGGGCACAUGUCGCACCCGACGGUUGCACGUGAGCUUCCGUGAGGUGGGCUGGCACCGCUGGGUGAUUGCGCCGCGGGGCUUUCUAGCCAACUUCUGCCAGGGCACGUGUGCGCUACCUGAAACACUGAGGGGACCCGGCGGGCCGCCUGCACUUAACCACGCUGUGCUGCGCGCGCUCAUGCACGCAGCUGCUCCCACCCCGGGUGUAGGCUCGCCCUGCUGCGUGCCAGAGCGUCUGUCGCCUAUCUCCGUGCUCUUCUUCGAUAAUAGUGACAACGUGGUGCUGCGCCACUACGAGGACAUGGUGGUGGAUGAGUGUGGCUGUCGCUGACCACCCAGGACACCCUUUCAGGGACGGCCCCACGCGAAAAGCAGGGACCGUUUGUUCAUGUUUUAUUGGUGACAAAAAGCUUAAAACAAAUUUGACCAAAAA